CAUCAGGACGAGAAUUGAGAUAAAUGAUACUAAAUUUCUGUAGUAAUAUUAGUGUAUGUUACUAGCAUUAGUCAUGGUAAUUGUUGCUGUACUAGGAGGAUACGUUAUGACGUCCUUGAUAUUGUUGAAAUAUCCGAAUUUAAUUCACAAUCGAAAAAAGUUAAAAUUUAAAUGUAGACAUAUCAGCCAUCGUGGAGGAGCUGGCGAAAACUAUGAAAACACAAUGACGGCGUUUAAACGGGCUGUUGCUUUGGGAACUGAUAUGUUGGAGCUGGACUGUCAAAUUACAAAAGACAGCAAAGUAGUUGUUUCACAUGAUCAAAACUUGCUACGCAGCACUGGUGUUGAUUGCAAUAUCUCCCAACUCAAUUACUGUGAUCUUCCUCUGUUAAAACCAGAACUACCUGUUGAUUUUGACCCAGGUCACGCUUUUGUUGGUUCAGGGAAAGAAGAGGAGAGAAGAAUUGUUCUUUUGGAAGAAGUAUUUCAGAUGUUCCCUAACGUACCUAUAAAUGUAGAUAUCAAGAUUGAUGAUGAGAAUCUUAUGAAAGAAGUUGAAAGAUUGAUUGUACAAUACAAUAGGGAAGAAUACACAGUCUGGGGUAACUUCAGUGACAAAGUUACAAGGAAACUUUAUUCAAUGAAUCCACGAGUCAAUCUCCUGUUCUCAAUGAAACAGGUUUUGCUGCUAGUAUUGCUGCUGUACACUGGACUCUUGCCAUUUGUGCCCAUUAAAGAGACACAUCUUGAAAUUUUUCUACCUGCUGUUUAUUUAAGGUUGAUCAGGAAAAGAAUCAAUAAUACCUCAUAUUUACCUCUCCACACUUUCUUUGUGCGAAGUAUGGACUUGCUUCUCAUGAGACGCAUUCUUUUUAACCACUUAGAAAAGCGUGGAAUCCAGACAUACCUCUGGGUACUGAAUUAUGAAGAUGAAUUCAGAACAGCAUUCGAACUGGGUGCAUCUGGAGUUAUGACAGAUUAUCCAUCGAGGCUCAAGAAGUUUCUUGAAGAAAACCCACAGUAUCAGUGAUAUUUGUUGCUCGUCAUUCCAUUAUGCCAUACCUGUUACACAAUUUUUGUGUUUAAUUUAUAUAA